AUCAUCUACACUUAUUCCAUCUAUCCGCAGUUUUAAACGUAUCACUUAUACAUACUACAGAGAGUAACAGUAUAAAAAGCAAAUUAGUACAAGGCGAUGCCAUAUGAAUCUUCGUACUGUACUAGUCCGGACAGUUAAAGAGCAAGAACGGCACACGACUCAAAACAUAACUAGGCUACCUAAUAGCAAACGAGUCAGCUAAUCUACAGUCGGAAAAUUCAACAUGGGAUGUGGACGAAGCACAUGUGGAUGGAUGGUUGAUAUCUUGUUUGUUUUAAUUGCAUAUGCAAGCCUGGCCUGCCUGGUUUUUUUCACAAAGCCACCAGAGAAAGGUUUCAUGUGCUCAGAUACUUCAAUACACUAUCCAUAUAUACAUGAGACUGUGAGCAUCAUAACACUUCUAGCAACGACCAUAGCUAUACCUUCUUUAUUGAUUAUCGUAACAGAGGUAAGCCUAUGCGUGCGGUACAGGUACAAGAAGCGGCUCAUGGGAACCGAACUUAGGAAGGGCCUAUUGACAUUUCUAUGGGGAUUCGCAGCAACAGCCUGCAUCGUUUACAUCAUUAAAAUGUCCCUCGGAUCACUACGCCCGCAUUUCAUACAACUGUGUCAACCAAAGUACUUCACAAGCACUGGGAACUGCACCGGAACAUAUAUGAGACUUAAUAUUGACUACGUCUGCACUAAUAACAACACAAGGGCUGUCUGGUCAGCACGUCAAUCCUUCCCCUCAGGGCAUGCAGCAUUGGGAGCAUUCUCUGCAGCAUUUCUUUUUGUGUAUGCCAAGUACAAAUGGUCCAUCAACAAAACAGUAAUCCUUGUACCAUUUGUACAAAUGCUAUUGGUGGCUGCUGCCCUUCACAAUGCUGUACUACGAAUCGUUGAGCACCAACAUCGCCAUAUAGAUGUAUGGGCUGGUAGUUUGAUUGGUGUUUGCAUUGGCAUUCAUAUGGGGUUUACAGUGGUUUACGUGGAGCCAAAGGAUGUUGGAAGAAUGCGAGACAGUUCCUAUCAACUUGAAUCAUCUGGUAGCGUUCCAUCAAUAGCAAAAUCACCAGUUUCAAUGGAAACCUUACAUGUCAACAUUAAUCAGACCAGUCUGGCCCAGUUACCUCCUCCUGAUGUGGUAGAUUUACGACAUUUCAGAUUCAUAGAGUGGAUAACUGGAUUAACUGGGCCAGAUGGGUUUUGUUAUGACAACAUCCGAGAGUCACAUAUGGAGAUUGUGAUGUAA